CAGGGAAUGGUGGUAUUUGAUUGUCUUAAACUUGAUAGGUAGCGAGCUAAAUGAAACCAUAAUUAAUCGUCGGUUUUUACGCGUUCUUUAAUGACUGUACAGCAUAUCGAUAGCAACAUGGCUGUCCAUGAAAGGUAGUAGAUUAGCCUUUCUUUUUGUACUGAGGAUGAAUCACAGCAGUAAAUGAGACCGAUAGCUAGCUUGCUAGCUGCUGUGGUUAAAGGAGCAAGCCAAGAUAGCUAGGUAGAUAGCUAAUAUUAUCUCACUCGCUUUCACUUAGCUAGUUACCUAGCUGACUUAGACAGAAUUGGCUUGGGAAAAUUCACAAGCUGACUAACCUAAGUUAGCUAACUAAAACUAAGCUAAUAACAUCAGGUAGUACAUUGAAGCCAGUAGCCAGACCUGAAAAGAAACGCAAACAAUGCGGUCACCUUUAGCUAUCUAUCUGAUAGCUAGAUAGCUCCCUGGCUACAGUAGCUACAAGCAUCGUUCACAGUCUAUCAUCAACCGAUUUUAGCUGGCUACGUUACCUUGCUAGCCAUAUGUUUGGAUCUAUGUUUUUAGGCAAGGGUUUGGAGUAGCUGACGCUAACUAGCAAGUAAGCUAAUUGGGGUAAAAAGGAUGGAGAACCGUUUUGGAAUUUUUCUGUUGUUGGCGACUGGGAUCCCACAGUGUAUGCUGGUGGAUGGCGCACCGCUUCCGUAUUCAGAUGCAGGGGGCACGACAGGUGAGAUAUCCCUUGCUCUGGCUGUGUCAGUUUCUGCAAUGAUCGCCUUAGUGGUGCUUCUGGUCAACUGUGUUACCUGCUGCAGGGAAAGAGAGAUCAACUUCAAGGAAUUUGAAGACAACUUUGAUGAUGAGCUGGAUUUCACGCCUCCAGCUGAAGAUACCCCAUCCAUGCAGUCUCCCGCUGAGGUGUACACCCUGGCGGUACCACCCCUGGCCCUCCCUGCUCCCCCAUGUCUACAGCCGCCCAGGAUCUCUGAGGGAUCCACAGCCUCGCAGGUGGCCCGCCACAGUCUGAGUUACAUCCAGGAAAUGGGAAAUGGCUGGUUUGGCAAGGUCCUGCUUGGUGAAAUCUAUACAGACUCGGGUGCGAGCAGGGUGGUAGUGAAGGAGCUGAAGUCUAACGCCAGUGCCAAGGAACAGAAUGACUUCCUACAACAGGGGGACCCAUAUCGGGUUCUGCAACACCCCAAUAUCCUGCAGUGUUUUGGCCAGUGUGUGGAGGCCAUUCCCUUCCUGCUGGUCUUUGAAUAUUGUGAACUGGGAGAUCUCAGGAGCUACCUGGCCCAGCAGGACUGGAUGUUCAGGAACCCUGAGCUGCUGCAGAAAAUGGCCUGUGAGAUUGCUGCAGGUGUCACACACCUCCACAAACACAACUUCCUACACAGUGACUUGGCUCUGCGGAACUGCUUCCUCACUACGGACAUGACAGUCAAAGUGGGAGACUACGGAAUAGGCCCCUCAGUGUGGAAGGAGGAUUACGUCAUCAUGGGGGAGGAGUCGGCAGUGCCUCUUCGCUGGAUGGCCCCCGAGCUGAUUGGCGAGCUACACGGUGACAUCGUCACGGCAGCGCAAACCAAGCCAGGCAACGUCUGGGCGUUGGGAGUCACACUAUGGGAGCUAUUUGAGAAUGCCACCCAGCCCUACCCGCACCUGUCGGAUAGAGAGGUGCUAAUCCACGUCAUAAAGGAGCAACAGAUUAAACUGCUCAAGCCACAGCUAGAGCUGCCUUACUCUGACAGAUGGUACGAGGUCCUGCAGUUCUGUUGGCUCCCCGCAGACAAGAGGGCCACGGCCGAGGAGGUGCACCGGCUGCUCACCUACCUCCGCAUGCAGGGCCAGAAGGAGUCGGAGGACGACUUCGAGCAGCGCUGGAACUCCCUCAAGCCCUCCACUCGGAUGGCCAGCCACACGUCCUUCCCCAUCCUGGAGCAGUUCCCCGACGAGGGGCUGAGCCGCGAGGUGGAUGAGGUGCUGACCGUGACGGAGACCAGCCGCGGCCUCAGCUUCGAGUAUGUGUGGGAGGCGGCCAAGCAUGACCACUACGACAGUCACGGCCGCUCGGCCGCCGACACCACGCUCAGCUACCACAGCAUGUUCUUCCCAGUGCCACAGCUUAACAAGCCCCUGUUCCCUCAGUCUGGGGAGUACGUGGGGACGCAUGGCCUCUCCACCGGUGUCCCUGAGGUCCUGCCGGUGUUUGACGCACAUAAGGCAGCUACCGGGAACGAAUACUACAUCCAGCUUGAGGAGCAGGGGGAGAGUAACCUGGAAGUGGAUGAGAACUGCGGCCCUGCUGACCCUAACAGCGAGCUGGGGCACGACAAGCAGCAUUAUGUGGUCCUGCGUAACAUGCGCUUGGAAGAGUCCAGCACUGAUAUUGAUUUCUUCCACCACAGCAUAGACUCCAAGGAAUCCAAUACAUUGGAGAACCAGGCGUGGUCCUCCAGUGAUGUGGACAGUCCUUGCCACACAAACAUUUUCUGUGAGGGCACCUCCAAGCUCAAUGACUCCAUCUCCUGGAGCACGGGCUGCCUGGAGCUGCCAGAGCUCAACGGUCACAGUUUCCAAAAGGGGGCUUCUUUUGAGGAUGGUUCCCAGAUCACAGAGAAGAGUUUCAGCUCGUCUUUUUUAGGGGAUGAUCUGGAGUCCAGUUACCUGGAGAAUGUGGAGGAGGACCCAGAUGUAAUGCAGCUUCUGAACACAAAAAAACUGACAGACAACUUCUUGUUCCUCCAGGAGAACAGUCUUAUGAAGGAGGGCUCUUAUUCCUCAGGUAGAAACAAGGAUCUGGAUCAGGAAGCUUUAGAAACUGAUUUGAACAGCAUUUCAGAAAUCAACUUAGCAAUGAUUUCUGGCGAGAGUGUGGACAUGUUGUCAGGCAAAGCUGAUAAACUGCAAAGCCAGGUAAAUUUAACAGAGGAUUCUGCGUCCCUGAAGGAUGAGUUUUUGGACUCGUUAUUCCCACAGUUAAAUGAUAACUUGCAGCCUUUAGGAAAAAAUGAAACACUGGUGCCUUCAAGUACCCUGGUCGCUGGAGAAAGCUGUACUGACCAGCUACAGUUAAAAAAAAGCUCUUCCAAUGAAGAAUGUGUUAAACUCCAUUCAUCUGAAUCUGGGAUUGAUUUUACCUUUGACACUACCUCCAACAGUACAGAAAUCACUGUAAGUCCAACAAAUAGCCACAAAUCCCCCUUGAUUGGUGAAAGUGCCACUAAAGACAUUUUGUGUACUGUUGCCAAAACCCCUAGCCUUGUAGAAAGUCUUGGAGCUUCACAGGAAGAUGUGCAUUCUGUAGGAAUUAAAGACUCUUCAGAGCCUAGCCUUGUUCUUCCUUCUGUCCAAGUCCAUACAGGUGUUGUCGGUAACAACCUUCCAGUAGGGUACGGCAGUGACAGCUCAGCAGGAAAUGCAGUUAAAGAAAGCAGCUUACCCAUAGUGCCCUCUGAGAUGCCACAAAUUAAUGCGUGCGACCUAGAUGAACCCUUGGUUAACCUUGCAAAAAACAUUGCAUCUCAGGACACAUCUUCAGUCUUGGAUUCUGCUCCUUGCCCGGAUCAGAUAAGUCAAGACAGUCUUCUCGAUGACAGUGUGUCAGCCUCUCUGCUGACUAUUGACCCCUCAGCUGAGACCCCCGAUUCCCUGGAUUCUUUGGAUAUUCACGCGCUGGUGAGUCCCGUGGAGGCGGUCAGUACUGCUUCAUUUCAGAAACUCCAGCCCCCUUACAAAACUGCCGACAGCGGUUAUGAAACAGAGAACUUGGAGUCUCCUGAAUGGAACUCCCAGUGUAUUGUGAAGGAUACCUCCCCUGAGGAUGGUGCAGCCAGCGUUGCAGAGGAGCGGGCUGUGGAGGUCUCUGCACCCCCAGAGAUCAUUGUUUCAGAGGUGGAGAGUGUACUUGAUUCUGCACGCGAGGAGAUCCCAUCCAUCCUCCAGAGAGGUCCCACUGCACCUGCUGGUGAGCCCUUUGCUGGCGGAAACAACAACUACAGAGACUCGGCCUACUUUUCUGACAAUGAGUCCGAGCCUGAUAAGAGAUCAGAGGACAUCAACGGUGCAAGCUCUAGCGAAGGCUAUCUUCGGCUGAGAGGCUCCCAGGACACUGGUUUCAGCAGUGCCACCAGAGACGCCUUAGUUCCUGACGAGAUUGUGGAGGCGGACUCACAGCUUGCAGAGGACCACAGUGAUGCUCAGCCUGAACCUUCAUCAUCAGCUGCUGAGGACCUGCAGGACCCUGACCCCCCGACCCUCAGUGGAAAUGGUCUGCCAGAGCUGAUCGUCACUGCAGAGGAGGAUCAGGACAAGGAGUUGCCGGUGGCCAUUGACAAUGUCAAGGAAACUGAUGUGUCAGAGACAAUCCCUGGCUUUCAGGAUGGCUAUUCGGAGUCUUCUGCUGGCGAUGAUCCAGAUGCAGAUGACUCUUCAUUGGGGGCCUUCGUGAAGCCCGCUGUAGACAACAUGGUUCGCGAGAGGCUGUCGAGGUCCCUCACAGGAGAGGGACCCAAGCUUAAAGAGCCUGACGUCGAGGGGAGAUACCUGGGCAAGCUGGACAGCGUGGCCCUGGCGGGCGGGCUGGAGGAUGGCGCGGAGGCCGACGAGGAGGACGAGAACAGUGACGAGGAAGAUGACGAGGCGCGCGCCUACCGCCUGCACAGCUCCAGCUCCGACAGCGAGGAUGACGCCGUGCACCCGGUGCCCGUCAUCAUCACAGACAACAGUGACGCCCGCAACCUCAAGAGCCUGCUGAAGGCCAGCUGCCACCCUGCCGCCAAGCCCUCACCACUGGGAGGCGACAGUGCCGACCUCCAGAGGAAGGCUGUGUCCUUCUUCGAUGAUGUCACAGUUUACCUCUUUGAUCAGGAGACUCCUACGAAGGACCUCGGGGACCACUCGUGCGGCUCCAACAACAAUGCGUCUGAGUUUAGCAACCCGGCGCCCUCCUUGAGCUACCUUAACAGAUUCGGCAACUCCGAGAGCUCCACUGAUGAAGAAGCAGGCGGAGGAUUUGAGUGGGACGACGACUUCUCCUCGGAGCCCUCCUUCAUCAGCAAGGCAGCCAGUCACCUCAUCGCAUCCAAGACGUCUCCCUCAGCCUCGCACUACUUCUCCCCGCCCCCUCCGGGCCGCGCGCCGGAGCAGAGCUGGACCGGCACGUCCUCCUACUCGCGGUUCUCCAUAUCCCCCGCCAGCAUCGCCAGCUUCUCCCUCACCCACCUCACCGAUUCUGACAUCGAGCAAGGAAGCAGCGAAGAUGGGGAGAAAGAUUAAGUGCUGUCGAAAGGGGACAUUUGCUCACGAAGUAGUAAAGGACAUGUGUUUUUGAAGUUAAAUCCUUUUGAAAUACGUAAGAAGAGUUAUAUGGACCUGACAUUGGAGUGCGACAGUUACGGAUGCUUCAUUACGGCAGUGCCAUACUGUUCCCAAUGGAGGUGGCAGUGAAGAUUUAUUGGAUCUGGCAGAUGUUGUCUUAGACCACCCAGUAUAAUCCCACCUGCCUUACUCCAUUUAAAAGACAAGAUGGACCGAUUUGGCCUACUCAAGCUCCAGAACUGUCGCCAUGAAUAUAACUUGUAUUCUUUUCUGUUAAAUUUUAGUACAAAGUGUCUUGCUUCUUGUUAGCUGUCAAAUAUUGUCAGUUGUGUUCUGGGUGUCUUUCUUGCCUUUUUUUUUAAAAAUCCCUCUUUCUGGAGGGUGUUUCUACCUAUUAAGAUAUCCAUUUAAGGGUGUGAAAUAUGAACACAUCUGAAGCAGCUAAAACGGUUAAAAACACGCUCUUGUAGUUUUCCAUACCCUGAAAAAGAGGCAGCUUUUGUCUGGCGUCUGAUAUUUCCUUUAAUUCUCAUAGCUCUGCUCCUUGCUACUCUAAUUUUUCCAUUUGUCCCAAAACAUCUGGGGAUAAAACUGUCUUAUCAGUGAAAUCCAUUGCUCAGUUGUACUGGUUACUAGUUUCCAUUUUACAUUGUUUGGUUUGGAGUUCCGCGCAAAUAGAAACUUAUUCAACACCCUCUUGUAAUCCAAAAAUAAACAGCCACAGCGAGAGACAUCUUUCUAUUCAGUGAACAACCAGUAGACAGUGUCACUACAUAAUGUCAAGGAAUUUGUCAGAAUGUCUGAAACUGCUGAAGUGGGGUUAUGGGAAUCUUAAGGCACAAGGGGCUAAAUGAUACCAAGAAUGAAUUCAGCAGCUGUGCUGCAUUUGCUUAAAACAAAUGGAGUCUGCUGUGAAUGGUCUGAUCUAUGUGUAAAGAGUGAUAAAGGCAGGCAUGACAUUUGCCUGUGUCAUGUUUGAUGUAAAUGAGUGAACAUUUGAGUGUUUCUUUUAUAUAAGCUUAUAUAAAACUCACUUGGACUCUCCAGGUUUGGACCCAAACAGUGAGGCUUAUCAGCUUUGUUGUCUUUUUUGUUAUUUAUGGGUUGUAUCAAGGUGCCUAUAAGAUUAUGGAAAUUAGCACUAUAUUUUGUAUUAUGUUGCUGCUGUCAUCGUGUUGCUUAUUCUCGUCAGAAAGCGAACUAUGUACAGUAUAGGUCAUUUAAAAUAGAAGUCGGGCCAGAAUCCAUAAUUCAAUAUAUUGUGUUAAAUAAUGGUACCCAGAUUUGAAAUACUGGUUCCGGACCAGUGUUUAAGUUCCAGAUCUAUCUCCUGGUGACAAUGCGUCUGGCACGUAUGAAAAGAAAGAAAAAGAAUUCAUUUAAUUUUACAUAUACAGCAUAUCAGAUUAGAGAUUUUGAUUGGACUUCUCCGUUAAAGUAAUCAGAAUCUGUGUUUAUAUUUCCUGUUGUUCAAAUGAAGAUUGCAUUGAAAAAAAAAACAAAUAGAGGCUCUUAUUACCAUGUGUCAGGUUACCUCUUUUUGCUUGUUUCUGUC